AUGGCACCGCAAGUCUCUCUCUUCUCUCUCGCUCCUUCACUUUCUUCUUCUUCUUCUUCCUCGUGCCUGCAACUUCACCGGCGAUUUGUCUCCCCGUCUCUCAGAACCUUAGCUGCUGCAUCUUCUACUUCGAAUUCAGAGCCCAAAGUCGGCUUUGCUGUUCCUGAAAUUUUGGCACGUCAUCCAUUCUUCUUUAUUGGGGAUGGGAAUGAUGUUCUAACCGUCGGUAAUGCGAAACAUGGGAUAAGUUGUUUGGAGCUUCCACUGAUUCAGCAUACACAAGGGCCUGAUUCUGAUAAACUCUCUUCUGUGUUAAGUGCUGGAACCCCGAAUGUUAAGGUAGGGGUUGUAGGAGCUGGUACAGCAAGCAUUUUUGAGGAAGCAACGCAAUCAUCAGAGAGAUCACUUGUUGUUGCCUUUGCACCAUCAAAAGCAACGGGUAAGGUUUUGGCAUCAGAGCUUCCAAAGAACAGAAACAAAAGAUGCACUGUCUUGUAUCCAGCUUCUGCAAAAGCAAGCAAUGAGAUCGAAGAAGGCCUGUAUAAUCGUGGAUUUGAGGUUGUCAGACUAAAUACAUACACAACUGAAAAUAAUUCUCAGAAACCUGACUAUAAGGAUGUAGCUUAUCUUGCGAUUGGUCUGGCUGUUGUGCCUGUUGGUCAUGUUGACGAAAUGGUUCUGAAGCAGGCAAUUUCAGUUCCUGUUGUUGCAGUUGCUUCCCCUUCUGCCGUUCGAGCCUGGGUCAAUCUUAUUCCGGAAUCAGAAAAAUGGAACAAUUCAGUGGCCUGUAUUGGGGAGACAACUGGAUCAGCAGCAAAAAGAUUAGUAUUUUUGACAUGCGCCUCUCUAGUUCCCAUGAUUCUUAGGCAGGCUUACACGAUUGAUGCAGCAUUGUUGAAGUGUCUGCAUGCAAAACUGGAUGCGAGAUGCAAGACAAGGAUGCAAUUUUUCAAGCAGCAGAACAGAAGCUUGAAUGUAAUGGUAUUUGGAGGGAUCAACGCUGUUGGUGAAACUCUCCUCUGA